UAAUUUGUGAUUAAUCUGAGUGUUUUUCUCCUGCUUUUUGCACAUCUUAAUUUCAAUAUAAUCUGCAUGCGAUUUGAACACUAUUUGCAUGUUUUAACCCCUUAGUUUCGCGUCUAAUUCUUCUCUUCUCCCCAUCGGGGACCGGCACACUGUCUCCAGAUCUCCCCGGAACCCUCAGGUUCGGGUCCGUGUUUCCCGUUCAGCCGCCGGACCCUUUUGAGUAGGGCACAUUCCAUCCGGAAGUAGUGUUCGGAGGGGUGCGAUUGAACCGGAAGUAGCCGAGUAUUGGCGUCUCACCGCUUCCCCACGUGUGCCGUGACACCGGGAGCGGCGCGAGGAUGAAGCUGCUGACGCACAACAUGCUGACCUCGCACGUGCGGGGGGUGCGGCCCGGGGGGGGUUUCCCCCUCCGUAUCCAGGCCACCGAGGUGAAAGUGAAUAACGUGGAUUUCAACCAGGAGUUCGUGGCGCGGAUGAUCCCCAAGGUGGAGUGGGGGGCCCUGGUGGAGGCUGCGGAGAGCCUGGGCCAUCUGUCGGACCUGCCCCACGAGCUGCCCCCUGAGUACGAGAACAACGAGGACUUCCUGAGGAAGGUGCAUCACGUGCUGCUGGAGGUGGAGGUGAUGGAGGGGAUCCUGAAGUGCCCUGAUUCUGGCCGGGAGUUCCCCAUCACCAAGGGCAUCCCCAACAUGCUGCUGAGCGAGGAGGAGACGUGAAGGGCCAGGGUGGCCAAGAUGGGAAGAUUGGGG